AUGAUGGGUAGUUGGAUGAGUCAUCUCCUGUGGGGUGGAGAUCCAGAUGCUAUCAAUACCGUAUCUGGUUUAUCCAAACGAGAUAUCUACGCCGUUCAGAAGUCUUGGGCGCCUGUCAUGGCAGACUCAGUCGGUACAGGCACAGAGUUGUUAAAAAGGUAUUUCCGAGCAUAUCCAGAAGCAAAGGAUUUUUUCCGUAUGAUAAGAAAUGUGCCAGAAGAUGAAUUCAGUCAAAACCAUCAAUUUAAGGCGCACGUUAUAAAUCUUAUGUCGGCCCUCGAUCUGGCGGUGAGAAAUCUACAUCAACCGGAGGUGGUAGCAGCUAUGAUGACCAAGCUAGGAGAGUCGCAUGGCAGGCGGAAAAUACAAGAGAAAAAUUUCCACGAUUUAAAAGGUGUGAUUGUGAAAAUGUUUAUCGAAGUAUUGAAACUAGAUGACAAGACAUUAGGCGCGUGGGGAAAGACCGUCGAUUUUUGGUUCAAACACAUCUUCGAAACACUGAAUUCAGGUGAAAAUAGA